GCUACCAAAGAUGCGGGUCAGAUCGCUGGUCUGAACGUCCUGCGUGUGAUCAACGAGCCCACAGCCGCUGCUCUGGCCUACGGUCUGGAGAAAACUGAGGAUAAAGUUAUUGCCGUCUAUGACCUGGGUGGAGGUACGUUUGAUAUCUCUGUCCUGGAGAUCCAGAAGGGGGUUUUUGAGGUGAAGUCUACCAACGGAGACACCUUCCUUGGAGGAGAGGACUUCGACCAGCACCUCCUCAGACACAUUGUCAAGGAGUUCAAGAGAGAGUCUGGUGUGGAUCUGACAAAAGACAACAUGGCUCUGCAGAGAGUCCGGGAGGCUGCUGAGAAGGCCAAGUGUGAGCUGUCCUCUUCUCUGCAGACGGACAUCAACCUGCCCUACCUGACCAUGGACGCCUCCGGCCCCAAACAUCUGAAUAUAAAGCUGACCCGCUCUCAGUUUGAAGGCAUCGUGGGUGACCUGAUCCGACGCACAGUGGCUCCCUGUCAGAAGGCCAUGCAGGACGCUGAGGUGUCCAAGGGAGACAUCGGGGAGGUGCUCCUGGUGGGAGGCAUGAGCCGCAUGCCAAAGGUUCAGCAGACGGUGCAGGAUCUGUUCGGCCGUGCGCCCAGCAAAUCAGUCAACCCCGACGAGGCCGUUGCCAUCGGAGCAGCCAUCCAGGGUGGUGUUUUGGCCGGUGAUGUCACUGAUGUGCUGCUGCUGGAUGUGACACCACUGUCUCUGGGUAUCGAGACCCUGGGCGGUGUCUUCACCAAACUCAUCAACAGGAACACCACUAUCCCCACCAAGAAGAGCCAGGUACUGACAGAUGCUUCAGCUUUAUAG